GCAUAAUAUAUAUACGCCAUUGGAAUACAAUAUUUUUGUUUUCUCAUUUUAUCGACACGCGAAAAUGUACAUGUACCUGCCAGUAAAAAAGUGAUCAUCAACCGCCAAAAAAAUCAUGCAAUACAGGGUUCCAGAUAAAACCUCACGAUCAAAACUUCAAACGUCUCGUCCGUGGUUCCGUGUCCGUAUAAAAAAAUGGUGCGCAUGACAUAACCUGAAACCUGACCGAAGAUUCUGGACAGUCCCGAUCAAAAAUGUCGGAUGAUAGAUCCGAGAAAAAUUAAGUUUCAAGAUAUAAACAAAUAUUAUUACUGAUUUUCAAUAAGCAGGUAUUGAUAACGAAACUUUGAAUAUUUCUUAUAUAAAUCCACCAUAUAAAAUCAUUCUAUUUCGUGCACACAUUUAUUACACUAAAUUUUGAAUGUGAGUCAUUUGAAGAGUACUUUUUCGCGUUUUACUCGAGCUCAAAGUUACUUCAGUCUCUCUCUGACUUCGAAAAACUGCAAUUAUGGCCAGUGUGAAAACCGCGGCCACGGCGAAACAAGCGGUAAAAUAUUUCUUAGCCCAAUGUGUGCCUACAACAAGAUCUCAAACCAGCAGGUUUCGUAUAAAACUGCUCGAAUUUGAUGAAAAUCUCCGCAUGUACUUCAACAGCUACAAAUUCGUUUUCGCUUAUGAUCCACAAAAACUAUGUAAAACUGGUGAUACAGUCUUAAUUCAGAGCUUGCCUGAGAAAAUGACGAGAUUAAUAACGCACAAGGUCAUUGAAGUUGUUUACCCUUUGGGUGAUAUCACAGAUCCUAUCACAGGCAAAAAAGCUGUUGUUGGAAGAUUUAGGGAGGAUAUCAAAGCUAUAAAUGAGCUGUAUGGAGAGUCGCCAAACGCUUUUGAUUACGAUAAAGAACCACCACGGGGCAAGACCGAGGGUAAAAGAGACUUUACCCACAGAACACCAGGGGUUAAAUAUCAUGAAGAUCCUGACGAAGAUUCCAGGCACUUGAUUUAAAACGGACUACUGUGAACUAUGAAAUGAAUAAAAGUUUAUAUAUCACAAUAAGAAAAAUAAAAUAUUAAAAUUCUCAAAA